AUGGAGAUACUAGAUCGAGCAUCUAUGCUCAACUGCAAAUCUGUAUCUACCCAUGCUGACUUGUCUACUAAGUUUGAUGGUUCGGGGCCUCCUGUCCAAGACCCUACUCUAUAUCGUAGUCUGGCAGGUGCACUUCAAUAUCUCACAUUCACUCGGCCUGACAUUACAUAUUCAGUUCAACAGGUUUGUCUUUACAUGCAUGAUCCUCGUGAGCCUCACUUCACUGCUUUGAAGCGCAUUUUACGCUAUGUUCGUGGUACACUUAAUCAUGGUCUUCAGAUUUUUAGCUCUCACUCUCGAGACAUUGUUGCCUACUCGGAUGUCGACUGGGCUGGCUGUCCUGUCACUCGACGUUCUACUUAUGGUUACUGUAAUCCAGUUCAACAUCAACGGACCAAACAUAUUGAGAUUGAUCUUCAUUUUGUUCGUGACAUGGUCGCUACGGGUCAGGUUCGUGUGCUUCAUGUUCCCUCCAAGUCACAAUAUGCAGAUAUCUUUACGAAAAGUCUUCCUUCGAGUUUGUUCCUUGAUUUUCGAUCCAGCUUGAACGUUCGUGAUCCUACCCUCGUUCAAACUGCGGGGGUUGUUAACAGAAAAUGGGCGACUAGGAUUCAUCCACAAUGCACACUCUCAUUGGUUAAAAGACCACAUCGGGCAAUCAGAAAGACACUAUAA